AUGCCUCCCUCUGUUGCCCCCGAGCUUUUGUCGAACGAGAGGGCCCGCCUCAUCCAACAGCUUAGCGACGUAUGCAAAAUUCACCAUGUUGAUCUCGCCACACACUCGAUGCUAUGGCUAUCCGAUAUCGAGGUACUCCGAACUAUGCUUCGUGAAACACAGUCUGGCGGUAUAAGAGCUAACUUGGUCUUCUCGUGUCUCACGAACCCCGAGCGUACUGUGAGGACCUUGAAGUAUUGGCUCGGGGAGGAAAUCGAACCCGAACUCGACUUCGACCACACGCAACCUGUUGAUCUCGCAGAUCAGUCUCCCACUCCCGCGGAGUCUCCCCAAGCCCCACAAAAGCGCAAGUUCAAGGGGAGAGAUCGGUCUUCGAGCAAGAUCCCGAGACGCAGCGAACCGGUCGCAGGCCAGGACCGGACUGAACGGUGCGACACCGCGAAGGGAAUGGCCCUUGAGAGGGAUGAUGGGCUAUGUAUCGUUACGAGGAUGGGUGAACCCGUCUCACCUUGCCACAUAUAUCCCUCCACGGUGGGAAAGAUGCCCACACAGGAACGGCGAAGUUUCUGGUCUCUUUUGAGCCUGUUCUGGUCCCAUGAGACCGUCGACAAGUGGGAGGAGCACAUCUCCGGCCCAGAUGGCACAGGAAUUAUUAGCAACCUACUGUGUCUCUCGGAGAGUGUGCAUGGCCUCUGGCGCAAGGCACGGUUCGCCCUGGAACCCGUUGCGAUGUCCGAGGACAAGACAUCUCUUAUACUGCGGUUCUGGUGGCUACCUUUGCGGAAGUAUUCCAAAUGGGUACGCAUGACUGACGCGCCCUCGCUCCCCUCCGAUUUGGACGCCGGACCAUUCAACGCCAAGCUGUGGGAUUGCGUUAUGGAGGAACGCAUUCGGUCCGGCCACCUCUUCACGGUGACAACCGCGGAUCCGGAGAGCAUGCCUCUUCCGUCUUUCGAGCUGGUGCGGAUGCAGUGGAUAUUGAACCGGGUUGCCGCCAUGUGUGGCGCGGCUGAUGUUGCGGAAGAGGAGUCUGUGGAGUUCUUCGAUGAUGAUGACCGGGUCGACUUUAGGUCUAGAUAG